GAUUUUCAUUGAUAUUCACAUUCACUUACUUGGAAAUACAGGUUGAAUAUAUUUGCUACUGGCAAAUAUAUAUUUAUUAUAUACACGUGGUAUGUAUUUCACAAAGUUAUCAACUUGAAAAGGCAGUUUCAAACCAGAGCUUCUUUUUAGAAUUUACAAAUAUGAAAUAAAAAGGACGACGGUAAUUUAACUGUUUCAGUUGUGCAUCAUGCGAUGGCAGGUUGUUUUACGCAGUACUUUAUUGUUGACAGAUUUUUAUGUCUUAAUCAAUGCUCAAUUCGUGUUCGAUACCAGAGUUGGGAGUACAAGAGGAAGUGCGAAUGUUACUGCAAGAUUGGACUCGCUCGGUGCAUUCGGUAUUGGAGUGUCAAGGAAGCUUCCUGAUACCCAUCCUAAUUUUUCAAAUGAAGAAGACAACGCUGGUUUAGAAGAGGAUCCAAAUACUUUUCAGUUAAGAUUUAGAGUGGAGGGAGGUGGUCAGGGAAAUCGUGGGAAAGGAAACGGUAAAGGCAAAGGACCUCCUCCAGGACGGGGAAACGGGAAUGGCCGACAAAACGCUGGUGGGAAUAAGAAUCAAGGGAAGAAGAAAGGUCACAAUCCGUGCGGUCCACACGGUCAGUUUUGCUCCCAAGCAAAUUAUAUUGACCAAAUUGGUUUGGACUGGAGUACUCGUGUACAAAAUGGGACAGGAUUUUUUGUUCGGGGGAAUGACGGAGGUAGAAGAUAUGUCCCUAUUGGGUUCCAGGAGCCAAACGACAGUUUUGGUAGCUGCAAUACUCCGUCUGGAGAGUUUGGCUAUUGCAGACACCUUGAGCACUGCAUCCUUGAAGAAUUUCGAGGAGACUUUUUGAGAUUUUUGGAAUAUACGUGUUCUAUUCCAUACGGAAACUAUGUAGGAGUUUGCUGUCCAGAAGAAAUUGAUGACCCAAUUCCUCGACCUCUCCCUCCCAAUACGGGCCGACCUCCGUCUAAAACUACCACUCCAUUCCCCUUCACUUUCCCCCCACCACGUGUUUCUCCGAAACCUGUAGCUCACGGUACACGAUUGUGUGGAUAUUCAGAACAAAAGACAUCGAGAAUAGUGGGGGGCAGAAUUGCGGAUCCCAAAGCUUGGACUUGGAUGGCAGCACUAAUUCGAUCAAAACCAGAGUCAGGUGAUAUCCGUGUCGGUCAAUUUUGUGGUGGUGUACUAGUUUCCGAAUUCCAUGUAUUAACCGCAAGUCACUGUGUCGAUCAAUUCCAAGCUAAGGAUAUCAAAAUCAGACUUGGAGAGUAUGACUUUAGUAACACUCGAAUUCAAUCGAGUCCAGAAGAUUUUGAAGUUUUAUCAAUCACGGUACACGAAGAAUUCAACAGAUAUUCGUAUCAAAAUGACAUUGCCCUGCUUCGAUUAGCUCGGUCUGCUUAUUUCAACAAUAAGAUUCGACCAAUAUGUUUGCCUCCUCCCUUUGAAGAUAAGACGUAUGAAAAUGAAAUUGGAAUAGUCACCGGAUGGGGAACCAUUUAUUACGGGGGUCCAACUUCAAACACUUUGAUGGAAGUCUCUGUUCCAAUCUGGAAACAAGACGACUGUAAAGCAGCCUACACUCAGCCAAUUGAAGAUACUAAUCUCUGUGCCGGAGUAAGAUCAGGUUCUAGGGAUAGCUGUCAAGGAGACUCGGGGGGACCUUUACAACUGCAGAGCAAUGACAGAUAUUGGCGUGUCGUGGGAAUCGUUUCGUGGGGAAUUAGAUGCUCAGAACCAGGCUUUCCAGGGGUUUACACACGAGUCCAAAAAUACUUAAAGUGGAUCGAGUCGCAUUUAUAAUAUGACUUGAAAUGAAAUGGCCAGUUUACUUACAUGAAGAAAUAUUCCGUAUGUCUCGAUUUAAUCUUAUGAGAGCAAUGUCGUGCUGUGAUCCAGUGAUUCCUGAAUAAUCUCGGUGAAUUAUUAUGUCCUCUACUCCAUAAUCUUCUUCCAUUUCACAAAUUGUGCUGUCGCCAUAUUCAAUGCACUCCUUCUCUACGUCAUCAUGAGUAUCUCCUACUCGAAUUUUUGUUCUAGAUUAAAUCAAACUGUUUUAUAAUGACUUUCAGACACGUAUAAAAAUAAAUGGUUCAUACAGUUUAA